AGAUAAUAUUUGUCUCUUUUUUUAGCACGAUUAAUGAACCAAAAGAGGUGACCAAAAUUGACGAUCGAUGUCUUAUUUUUAUGUCAUCAUAUAAUUUAGCAGAUAUCACUGUCAGGCGAGCACUCAUAAGACACAGUCUUGCCGAACGUUGUGUUUUAUCAUACAAGUCCAUCUAGGCUGGCAAUUCGCUUGAUCACUUUUAUAAAUAAAGUCAUGAGUCGAUCAACUUGUGACACGGGUAAAAACCUAACCUAACUUAAAUAAUGGAAAAGCACGACGUAGGCAGUACCAAUGACGUCACGUGGAUCAUCAAUUCUACCCACACCACAAAUAGCGUGUUUGACAAAAGUGUAUAUAGUAAUCGUGUAUAUAUGUAUUUACGUACGAUAUAUGAAUAAUCAUAUUUAUAUAUGAAUACAGAAAGAUCUUUCGUAACGCGUAUCUUCGCGUAUUCGAUUUGAACGGCGUCCUGCGACUUCCGCAUUGAAUUUCAUUUGAUCGAGGAGAAUGGCUGAAAUUCAAUAUAAUUAUUUAUUCUAAGGCCGUUUCGUCGUUCGUAACACAAAAUUGACUCUCGGCAUCGGGAUAAGCAUCUUUGCUUUUAGUUUUCCCCUUUGACGUUUAUCAUCACCCUCAGCCUCUUGUUUUUAUAUAUAAACCUCUGCAAGUUCCUGCUAAUCAUACUGUCCUGCUUUUACAAUUAUUAUACACAGUGCACGGAUGCCUCAGUGCGAACUUCAACGUACUCGCAAUCAGGAUAUUUCUGUACAGCAGAUAACCUACACGCGCGGCACAGGUAGGUUCCUUCAGCGCGUGAUAACUCACCUUAUGAAAAAAGGUGUCGGCUGGUUCAGGCGCUUCAUUGUCACCUGAAAUAAUAUGCCGCGUAUGUUGAAUUUUCUUGAAGGGACGCUAGUGACCUCUACCUCUUCUAUCGGGACUUACAUGGAUUUGGAUUUGCCGAAAAUUUCAAAUAUACAUGUGAACGGCGCACUUAUAUUUUUGAGUGUCAAAAAUAUUGAUGAAUGUAGUAGCUACAAGACUGAUACGAUAAAUAGUACAUUUUGUAAAUACAUCAACACAUAUUGUUUAGUUAUCAAUGGGAUUUAUAUUUAAAUAAUAUUCAAAAUGACCACAACUCUGAUAACAGAUGCCAGUAUAGCAUGGAAAUUGCUAAAUGGGAUUUUUAUUUCUUAUAAGCCAGCUGGAAUUAGUUCUAGGAUUAUGAGAAGUACCAUCCAGAAGUUGCUGUGUAAAGAGUUAAAUGAAAUGCAUGUUCGUCCACCUACGACAUAUGUGUGCAUUGAGGGUGAGACGAAUAAGCCAAUGACAGUGUCAACGAGACCAAGUUUUGCAGAUAAUAUUCUGGCUGCAGGGCCACGCUAUCAGGAAAAAGAUAUUAAACUGUUUUGUCCAAUUAUGCCUGGUAAAGACACAUCAGGUGUUGUAGUCACUGGAAUAGGUAAAGGUACGAAAAUAGCUUAUAAGCUCUUGGAAUCAAAAACCACACGGCACUACAAGCUUAAAGGCACUUUAGGACAAGCAACAAAUAAUUAUUUUAUAUCAGGCAAAAUUGUUGAGAAAUCCACAUAUAAGCACGUCCGAAGGCAUAUGAUUGAUAAAAUUUGUGCAUCGAUGCAGUCAUCUCACCAAAGAAAAAUGUUUGAACAAUGUGGAGUGGACAUGGAAAGUCAAGCAGCAUUUGAGUUAGCUGUGCAAGGUCCAAUUAGACCAGCGACUUCCAAAGUUCCAGUAUUAUACUCAAUAAAAUGCAUUGACUUUGAAUCACCAGAAUUUACGCUAGAAAUUGUCUGCUUAAACGAGUACGAAGAUUACCUGAAAACCUUAAUACAUGAAUUGGGAAUGAAACUUCACACUACAGCUACUUGUACGCAGAUACAGUGUUUUCAGUAUGGUCUAUUUAAUGUGGAGCACGCACUAUUGAAGAAGCAUUGGAAACUGGAGCACAUUAUACAUAAUAUACAAGAAUGUCAAACGAUUUUAGAUAAUAACGAAUACUUACUGCAUCAGAAAAGUGCAUCGCUAUUACAACAGACAAAUUCAGAAUGA